UCUCUCUCACGUUCCCUCCUUUCAAUUUUAUAAAACACAAAAAGCAACUCCUUUUGUCACAACAACAAAUUCCCAUCAUACUUACCACUCUCACUGUGUCCUUCUUUCUUUCCUCUCUCUCUCUCUCUCUCUCCUUUACACAUUAAUCUGUAUCUCUCUGCAUUAUCUUUGCAGGCCUCUCUCUUCCCAGACCUGUGUGUUCUCAAUGGAGAAAAACUAUGUUCAGCUUUUGCCUCGUCUCACUGUGACACUUCUAGUGAUCACUGUUUUGUUUCCUGUGACUGAAUGUGCUGCAGUUUCCUCCAUCAAGACUGAUGCGCAGGCUCUUCUCAUGUUCAAAAGGAUGAUUCAGAAGGAUCAAAGUGGAAUUUUGUCAGGGUGGAAGCUCAAUAAGAAUCCAUGCAGCUGGUAUGGAGUCUCUUGCACCCUUGGAAGAGUUACUCAGCUUGAUAUUAGUGGGAAUAAUGACCUUGCUGGGACAAUAUCUCUUGAUCCUUUGUCUUCUUUAGAUAUGUUAUCUGUUCUCAAACUGUCUUUGAAUUCAUUUUCUGUAAAUUCUACCUCUUUACUUCAGCUCCCUUAUGGUUUGACACAGCUUGAUUUAUCCUUUGGAGGAGUUACAGGCCCUGUCCCUGAUAACCUUUUCUCCAAGUGUCCGAAUCUUGUUGUUGUUAAUCUUUCGUACAACAACUUAACAGGGCCUAUUCCUGAAAAUUUCUUACAAAAUUCUGAUAAACUGCAGACCCUUGACCUCUCUUCCAACAACCUGUCAGGGUCUAUUUUUGGCCUUAAAAUUGAUUGCAUUUCCUUGUUGCAACUUGAUCUUUCUGGAAACCGCUUGUCAGACUCCAUUCCACUCUCUUUGUCAAACUGUACCAGCCUUCAAAGUUUGAAUUUAGCUAACAAUAUGAUUUCUGGGGGAAUUCCCAAAGGUUUGGGUCAGCUAAACAAACUACAGACUCUGGAUCUUUCCCACAACCAACUCACAGGCUGGAUCCCUUCUGAGCUGGGAAAUGCAUGUGCUUCCCUUUUAGAGGUUAAACUUUCUUUCAACAACAUCUCCGGGUCAAUCCCAUCAGGUUUCUCCUCGUGCACUUUGCUGCAACAUCUUGACAUAGCUAACAACAACCUGUCGGGACCGUUAGCAGAUUCAAUCUUUCAGAACCUCGGAUCAUUGCAGGAACUGUGGCUGGGGAAUAAUGCUAUCAGUGGUCAAUUUCCAUCUUCAUUAUCUUCCUGCAAGAAGUUGAAGAUUGCGGACUUCAGCUCAAACAAAAUUUAUGGAUCUAUCCCCAGGGAUUUAUGUCCUGGGGCAGCCUCACUUGAGGAGCUGAGAAUGCCAGAUAAUCUUAUUACAGGUGAAAUUCCAGCUGAACUGUCAAAGUGCUCACAGCUGAAGACACUUGAUUUUAGUCUGAACUAUCUCAAUGGUACAAUUCCAGAGGAGCUUGGUCAACUUGAAAAUCUUGAGAAGCUAAUAGCAUGGUUCAAUGGCUUGGAAGGAAAAAUUCCUUCAAAACUGGGCCAGUGCAAGAAUCUUAAGGAUCUCAUACUGAAUAACAAUCAUCUAACUGGUGGAAUUCCCAUUGAGUUAUUCAAUUGCAGCAAUCUGGAAUGGAUAUCACUGACAAGCAAUGAGCUUAGUGGUGAAAUACCGCGUGAGUUUGGUCUCUUGACAAGGUUAGCAGUUCUGCAGCUUGGAAACAACAGCUUGACUGGCGAGAUACCAGCAGAGCUAGCGAAUUGCAGCAGUUUGGUGUGGUUGGACUUGAACAGCAACAAGCUCACUGGAGAGAUCCCUUCAAGACUUGGAAGACAGCUAGGAGCAAAAUCCUUGUUUGGGAUCCUUUCAGGGAACACUUUGGUGUUUGUAAGAAAUGUUGGAAACUCAUGCAAAGGAGUAGGAGGUUUGCUAGAAUUCUCUGGUAUUCGACCUGAAAGGCUCUUGCAGGUUCCAACAUUGAGGACUUGUGACUUCACAAGACUCUAUUCUGGUCCUGUCCUCAGCUUGUUCACCAAGUACCAGACUCUGGAGUAUCUUGAUCUUUCAUAUAACGAACUUCGAGGAAAAAUCCCAGAUGAAUUCGGAGACAUGGUGGCUUUACAAGUUCUUGAAUUAUCUCACAAUCAGCUAUCUGGAGAAAUCCCUUCAACGCUUGGCCAGUUAAAAAAUUUGGGUGUGUUCGAUGCAUCACACAACAGAUUGCAAGGACAUAUUCCAGACUCAUUCUCAAACCUCUCAUUCUUGGUUCAAAUUGAUCUAUCUAACAACGAGUUAACAGGGCAAAUUCCCUCAAGGGGACAACUGAGUACACUUCCAGCUUCCCAGUAUGCAAAUAACCCUGGCCUUUGUGGUGUACCAUUGCCUGACUGCAAGAGCGACAAUAGCCAACCCACAACAAAUCCAACUGAAGAUGCUGGCAAAGGGGGCCAUAAAACAGCAACUGCAACAUGGGCAAACAGCAUUGUCAUGGGAACUCUCAUAUCUGUUGCUUCUGUAUGUAUUUUAAUCGUGUGGGCAAUUGCAAUGCGCGCAAGGAGAAAGGAGGCCGAAGAAGUCAAGAUGCUCAAUAGCUUACAAGCAUGCCAUGCUGCAACAACAUGGAAAAUCGACAAAGAGAAAGAGCCACUAAGCAUCAAUGUUGCAACAUUUCAGAGGCAGCUGAGGAAACUUAAAUUCUCCCAGUUGAUCGAAGCAACUAAUGGGUUCUCGGCAGAAAGCCUAAUUGGGUGUGGAGGUUUUGGUGAAGUGUUCAAGGCCACACUCAAAGACGGGUCAAGUGUGGCCAUAAAGAAGCUGAUUCGAUUGAGCUGCCAGGGUGAUCGAGAAUUCAUGGCAGAGAUGGAAACAUUGGGGAAGAUCAAGCACAGAAAUCUGGUUCCUCUGUUAGGAUACUGCAAAGUGGGGGAAGAGAGGCUCCUUGUGUACGAAUACAUGGAGUAUGGAAGCCUAGAAGAGAUGCUUCAUGGGAGAAUAAAGACGCGUGAUCGGCGCAUUUUGACAUGGGAAGAAAGGAAAAAGAUUGCAAGAGGUGCAGCUAAAGGGCUUUGUUUCCUGCACCAUAAUUGCAUCCCUCACAUCAUACACAGAGAUAUGAAGUCAAGCAAUGUGCUACUUGACCAUGAAAUGGAGUCAAGAGUAUCAGAUUUUGGAAUGGCGAGACUUAUAAGUGCCCUUGAUACACAUCUUAGUGUGAGCACACUGGCAGGAACACCUGGAUAUGUUCCACCAGAGUACUACCAGAGUUUCAGGUGCACUGCUAAGGGAGAUGUCUACUCAUUUGGAGUUGUGAUGUUAGAACUGCUUAGUGGUAAACGCCCUACUGACAAGGAGGAUUUUGGUGACACCAACUUGGUUGGGUGGGCAAAGAUGAAGGUCCGUGAAGGGAAGCAAAUGGAAGUAAUUGAUUCGGACUUGCUUUUGGCCACUCAAGGAACUGAUGAAGCAGAAGCCAAAGAAGUGAAAGAGAUGAUAAGAUAUUUAGAGAUUACUUUGCAAUGUGUUGAUGACUUGCCUUCAAGAAGGCCAAACAUGUUGCAGGUAGUUGCUAUGCUCAGAGAGCUUAUGCCUGGAUCAACAGAUGGAAGCAGCAACAGUGCUUGAAUCACGUUAUUGUCCAUAGUUAUGACAGAAGAACGAAUGAAUGAAGAUAUGAAAUGAGGCUUGCAAGAUUUUCUCUGGAUCUGUUAUUACUGAGUUUAUUGUGCCUAGUUUCUCAAUUUCUUUGUUCAUUUCUUGUGUUUAUUCAGUCUUUAUUGUCAGUGUUACUGUGUAACUCCACCCAAUAUUAACAUUUCGGUAAUAGCAUAUGAAAACAGAGCCAAUAGACGCGUUAAAUUCAUUAAG